AUGGGUGUGGUUGACCUUGUUGUUAUAUACGGUGGAGAUUGGGAAUUUUCAAGAGGAAUUUACAAAUUCAUUGGUGGUACUGGGAAAGGUUUUGUUGUGAAUGAGUCCAAUUCCUAUGAGGAUUUUUUGGAGAAGAUAUACAAGAUUACGGGAAUUGAUCGAACUUCAAAUGAGUUGCUCAUGAAAUUUGUAUAUAACACACAUUUCCAUAUGGAACCAUUGGUUGUUAGCAAUGAAGAUGACUUGCAAUUCUUCUUACGACAGAAAGAUGAUGCACGGCGACCUGACGCUUCACGGAAACCGGGUACCCCACUAUGUAUAACAGUAAGACCAAAAGAACAUCAACAGUUUCAUUCGCAGGAUGCAAGUUAUGUUCCAGAAACUCAACCUUUUGUUGGACGUGCAAGAAAUCGGAUUGAUGAUUUUCCUAGUUUAAGCCAAUUCGAAGAAGAUUUUGAUGAUGUUAGAGAUGGCCAGGGUCGAGAAGAUAAUAUUAAUGAUGAAUACGAUGAUGACAUUCCUUUUGUUGGAGGUGCAAGUUAUGUUCCAGAAACUCAACCUUUUGUUGUUGAUGAUGUUGCUGCAACUAAUGAUCCUAAUGCGCAGACGGGUGAGAACAUUCAGGUUGGGCAAUAUAGUGGGAGCAAUACUAUUGACCUCAACAGCGAAUCAUCUGAUACGUUUGAUGUGGGGGUGAUUUUUACAAACAAGAAAGAGUUGCAUAAGCAUCUAUCCCUUUAUGCUAUUAAGAAGAAUUUUCAAUUCAGGGUGACGAGGUCGACGAAGUCUUUGCUUGUGGUCGAGUGUCUUGCAAGUGGAUGCCAAUGGCGUAUGAGAGGUAUAAAGCUAAAAGAAACUGAACUUUUUCUUGUGAAAAAAUUCAAUGAUACUCACACAUGUUCGUUGGAAUUUGUGAAUCAUGGGCACAAGCAAGCAUCAGGAAGGGUGAUUGGUGAUUGCAUCAGGGCCAGAUAUGAAGGUGUUGGGCGUGUUUACAGACCAAAUGACAUAAUUCAGGAUAUUAGAAGAGAAUAUGACAUUAAUAUUACCUAUGAUAAGGCAUGGAGGGCUAGAGAAUGUGCGCUUUAUUCUCUUCGUGGUUCACCGGAAGAAUCAUUUGCUUACUUACCCCAUUAUUGUGCUGUAUUGGAGAAUAAUAACCCUGGUACAAUUACUCAUAUUGAGUCUGAUGAUGAUAAUCGACUCAAGUAUUUUUUCAUGGCAAUUGGUGCAAGCUUACGUGGAUUUCAUAGUUCAAUGCGCCCUGUCAUCGUCGUUGAUGGCACCCAUUUGAAGGGUAAGUAUUUGGGUACACUUUUUGUGGCAACUGCUUUGGAUGGAAAUGAGCAAAUUUAUCCGGUUGCUUUUGGCAUUGGUGAUUCUGAGAAUAAUGCAUCUUGGCAAUGGUUUUUUGAAAAAUUACGGGAUGUCAUUACAGUUGAAGACUUCUCACGGUUAUGUAUCAUUUCAGACAGAAAUCCUAGCAUUGAUAGGGCAGUUUCACUUGUAUUGCCUGGUUCAUUUCAUGGCACAUGUAUCGUCCAUAUCCAACGAAACAUGAAGGCGAAAGGGUUCAACGAAUCUAUCAUCCCUAUAUAUCUUAAAGCUGCUAAGGUGUAUCGAACAUCUGAAUUCGAGCAUUUAAUGAAUCAGUUGCGUAAUGUCGACGGAGGUAGACCUUAUGCUUAUUUAGUUGAAGCUGGUUUCCAUAGGUGGUCUAGAGCACUGUCUUCUGGUAAGAGAUAUAGUAUCAUGACGAUGAACAUUGCAGAGUGCUUGAAUGCUAUACUACGAGAUGCUCGAAGUUUGCCGAUUACAAUGCUAGUUGAACAAUUGCGUGCCAAAUUGCAGGAAUAG